GCAGCAGCAGCAGCAGCAGCAGCAUCAUCAACAACAACAACAACAAUAUGCAAUGAGACCAGUCCCUCCUCAGCAUCACCAACAACAACGUAUGCAGUCCUUUUAUGCCAAUCGACCUAGUCCACCUCCUUCGCAACACCAAUCUUACGCUUCUAGUCCCCGUCCACAACAUCAAAACCAUCAUCAAUAUCAGCAAAUGCAUAAUAACAACAAAUCACGUACGUCCAUCAAUCCUUCUCCCCAUCAGCAGCAGCAACAGCGAAUGUACUCGUCUGCAAGACAACCUACUCAAAGAAUGCCUGCUGGUGGUAUGAGACCACAUCCGUCACAACACCAUCCUGGACAAGGUGCACCUUACCCACCCAUGGUACCAGGGAGUAACAAUCAAUCUGCCAUGAGCGGCCCUUAUCAACGAGUAAGCAUGAACCGCUCCCGUUCUUUGUCAAGACCUGAGAGACAAAGACCCCGAGCGGGUAUGAUUCGUUCCCCUUCUCAACAACAACGUUUACAGCAGCAAGCAAGAUAUUAUGGUCAGCCACAGCCACAAUACCAAUCAUUACUCAAUAGCACCCAACAUCAACCCUCAAUGCAUCAACGACCUGUGCCUCCUAACAAUAGUCAUCCUAACCCUAAUCACAACGGCAGGUUCCUGAACCCCAUGUCGAAUCGUUUACAACAGCAACUACAACAGCAAAAAUAUCAGCAACAACAGUUGUUGCAACAGCAACAGCAACAGCAGCAACAACAACAAGAGGCUCUACUAAAUCAGUCUUUGAACACGAAUAACAAAAAAUUACAAAAGUCCCCUCCGGAUGAACCAGAAGAAAAAAUUAAAGUCUUGACAAGUUGGUGGGCUUGGAUUGCCUACUUGGCCACCUGUUGUAUACCCAAUUGGUUUUUACGGAUUUGUUUAAAGAAAAGGAAUGCAAUGGUACAACAAGCUUGGCGAGAGAAGCUCACCCUUUGUUAUAUCAUCUUCUUACUUUGCGCUGCGUUGGCUUUCGUUACUUACGGCCUCAAUAGGACUUUGUGUCCUACUCCCGGCGGUAACUCUCCAUUCUCUCGUGUUGUCAAUGGUCAACGUAUUCCUGUAUACUAUAGCAGCGUCCGCGUUUUCGGUCAAAUAUAUCCCAUGGACGUCAUGAAAUCCUUUUUCGCCAGCCAUGGUCUCAAUCUUACAAACGAUUACGAGAACACCGAUAUCAGUGGCAUCUUUAACGGCGACGUUCAUAACGAUUGUGCACGUUAUCCCAUUCCCAACCAUGAAUGUGCGUUAGUAAACCCUUACGGUGGUGGUUUAGCUGCUCCCGAUAAUAGCUGCCUCUCCUUCGCUGAACUGAAACGGUUCUACAAGUCCAAUACCAUCUUGGGCUUUGAUUGGCAAGAUUUAGAUAGUAAAUUGAUGUAUGGAAGAGGUUUAGUGCUGGUUGGCGAUUCUGUUUUGAAUGUCACUGAUUACCUAAUCAACAACCAGUCCUACUAUGGUCAAGAUGUGGAUCGUACUAUUCGUACUAAUCUUGCAAAGGAUGUCAGUUAUGCUCUAUUGUACACAUCCAACGGCAAAAACGCACGUAAAUGUUUAGCAGCUCGAUACAGAGUAGGUAUCAUGGAGACGGAGACAGGUGGUUGUAUCGCCGACUCUAUUAUUAUGACCUUGAUGUUGGUCGUCAUUAUUGUCAUGAUUGUCAUUCGUUAUGCUAUGGCACUUUUAUUUCAAUGGUUUAUCUCGAGUCGUUUGAUCAAACCCGGCGGCAGAUCAAAUUGGCUAGCUUGGCGUUCCAUCAAAGGUGGUAAUGAUGAUCCUGCAAACCAUAUUCCUGGCCCUUACAAUCAUUAUGCUGGGAUGCAACAACAGCAAGGCUCUUCGACAUCGUUAAACUCGACAUCUUUCACAGGAUCUACAUCUCGUAGCACGCCCAAUAUCAAUAAUAAUAGUUCUAUUAUGGGCUUGAAUAAUAGCGGAGCUCGUUCGGAUAUUGUCACAACGGAAUUGUAUACUGUCAUGUUGGUAACUUGUUAUUCUGAAGGCGAAGAGGGUCUUCGUAUUACCAUGGAUAGUUUAGCUGAAACCACCUACUCCAAAAAGCAUAAGAUUUUCUUUGUUAUUGCUGACGGUAUGAUCACUGGCGCAGGCGAGACAAAAUCCACGCCCGAUAUCGUUAUUAGUAUGAUGGAUCUAGACCCUACCAUGACAGACCCAAAACCUGCUUCUUAUUUAGCUAUUGCUGAUGGUGAAAAGCAACUUAAUAUGGCCAAAGUGUAUGCGGGCCAUUAUAAAGGUGUUCCUUGUAUAACAAUUGUCAAAUCAGGUACUGAGGAAGAAGCAAAUGGUUCAAAGGCUGGUAAUCGUGGCAAACGUGAUUCUCAGCUUAUUUUGAUGAGUUUCUUCCAGCGUGUACUAUUUAACGAUCGACUGUCGGAACUGGAUUACGAAAUGUUUUGGAAAAUGACAUGGUUGAUGAAAGGCGUUACGCCGGAUAAAUUCGAACUUGUUUUGAUGGUGGAUGCAGAUACCAAGGUUUUACCAGAUGCAUUGACGUAUAUGGUUGCUGCUAUGGCCAAUGAUAUUACCAUCAUGGGACUAUGCGGUGAAACACGAAUUGCCAAUAAACGAGCCUCAUGGGUUACUGCAAUUCAAGUAUUCGAAUACUAUAUUUCUCAUCAUUAUGCCAAAGCAUUUGAGUCUCUUUUCGGUAUCGUUACAUGCUUACCUGGGUGUUUCAGUAUGUAUCGUAUCAAGUCACCUAAAAAUGGUGCUUGGGUGCCCAUUCUAGCCAACCCAGAUAUCAUUCUGGAGUACAACCAGAACAUUGUCACAACAUUGCACGAAAAGAAUCUGCUACUUUUAGGUGAAGAUCGUUUCCUUUCUACUCUCAUGCUGCGUACCUUCCCUCGUCGCCAAAUGAUGUUUGUUCCUCAAGCACGUUGCAAAACUGUCGUACCUGAUCAGUUCAAGGUCCUUCUAUCCCAACGUCGUCGAUGGAUCAACUCCACCGUCCACAACUUAAUGGAACUUGUCUUGGUGUCUGAUCUCUGCGGUAUUGCCUGUUUAUCCAUGCAAUUUUCCGUGUUUGUCGACUUGAUCGGUACGUUGGUACUUCCUGCCGCUAUUGUUAUGACAAUCUAUUUAAUUGUUGAUACUGCGAUAUCCACCAAUCCACAAUGGCAAUCGCUUGCUCUAUUAAUUGCUAUCCUUGGUCUUCCUGCAGUUUUGAUUGCCAUCACAACUCUCAAAUUCAUCUAUAUCCUAUGGAUGUUUGUCUAUAUUUGCGCCUUACCCAUUUGGAAUUUUAUCUUACCGCUCUAUUCAUUCUGGCAUUUCGAUGAUUUCUCUUGGGGUGCAACGCGUGUUGUCGCUGGUGAAAAGAAAGAUAAGGGUCAUGGUGAUGCUGAAGGUAAAUUCGAUCCUAGCCGUCUAUUAAUGAAGAAAUGGGAAGAUUGGGAGCAAGAACGAACGGGACAACGCUUCCAUCAACAUAAAAAGGCUUCUCCCCUCAAGACACCUUAUGAUUCCAUGACAAAUUUGUUGACCCCUUCGCCUACAACAAAUACUACGGCGAGUACUUUGACUCCUACUACCACCAAUACUGGAACAUUAGGAGGAGGAGUUUAUCAUGAACAUGGCAGUGGCAUCCCAAUGUCGCAGACAGUAUCAGUAGCAACACCUACACCACAAGCGCCGGCAUCGUUUGGUAACAUAUUUAAUGAUAGAAAAAUGUAUGGUUCAUCGCCUGUGCCAACAUUAACGUCCUUGCCGAAUCAACAACAAUAAAUAAGCACAAUAUACCAUUCAUAUAUAGAUAUGUAUUCUAUAUAACAAUUAUAAAGAAAAAAAAAAACUCACAAUGGUAACACACAAGUGUAAUUUUUGUAAACUUGUAUACAGGAGUAUCGUAGCAAUAGUUAUGACAUCUGGUAAUCCAGCUAAUGACAAGCCAAAGCGCGUAAAAUACCCUUUCACUCUAUCCACGUCGUCUACAAAUCACUUAGAAGGCGAUUGUCACCCUCUUUAAAAACUAUAAAUAAAUUUUGGAAAGUCUAACCAUUUCUUAUGUGCCAAUUGUACAAUCACAUGUCUCCUUAACGAUGUCAUUUGCUAAUAUUUUCCUCCCGUAGGCACGUUGAUCUAUACAUUUCUGAUAGUAACCAUACUUGACUGAUAAGACUGG